CUCCGGGACGAGCAGAGCUUCCUGGAAAACGAAACUAGACGUCGUCGUUGCUGUUUGUGACACUCCUUGGAUCGUAGAUGUAGUUAUUUAACAUCUUUUGGUGGAGAUAUUGACAACUCGUAGCCAUUGGCGUGUAAAAGUUUUAACCGCUAACCGUCAAAACCGUCAAACACGCAGGUAGCGUCGUUUCACCAGCUAGCUGCAGCGGCUAGCGCCCGCUAGCAUGGACGGCGGCGGACACAUGCAUAAUGCAGAGAGGGCAGCGGAGAAAUUGAUGGAUGACUACCUGAAAUCAUUAGGUUUGCAUCGGAAGAAGAUAGCGAAAGAUGGGUCGUGCUUAUUCCGAGCUGUCGCCGAGCAGGUGCUACAUUGCCAAAGCCUUCAUACUAAAGUUCGUGCCAAAUGUGUGGAGUUUCUGAAGCAGAACAGAGAGACCUAUGAGGCGUUCAUUGAAGGUGACUUUGAGGAUUACCUGUGCAAGCUGCAGGACCCUCAGCAAUGGGUGGGAGAGGUGGAGAUCAACGCGCUGGCCGUCAUGUACAAGAGGGACUUCCUGAUCUACCAGGAGCCGGGCAGAACUCCCGUCCAGAUCACAAACAACAACUUCAAGGACAAGGUGCAUUUGUGUUUUCUCAAUGGGAACCACUACGACAGUGUUUACCCCAUCAGCCACAUUAAGAACGCUGCUCUCUGCCAGUCCAUCCUGUACGAGGUGCUGUACGACGGCGUGUUUAAGGUGGAGCGCAACUCUCUGGGUGCGUGUCAGCGAACACCACGAUCCAACGACCUCCUGAGCGACGACAGCAUGCCGUUCUGCGCCAGCAGCGACGAUUCCGACCUGGAUGCAAACGAGGCGCUCAGGGUGGAAACUGCAACAAACACUUCUUCUACAAGACACAACUACAGGGGUCGUGGGCGUGGCCGGCUGCUGCCAGAGAGGGUGAGGCGUUCACUGAACCCGACUCUGUUCAGAAACAUAGAGUACGACGUCUGGCACAAGUCCAAGAGAGCCCAACAGAAGAUAGAUUACUGCAUCGCUGCUGGGAUGCAAUACACUGCAGGAGACCGCUGCCAGGUUCGCCUUGAGGGUCGGCACUACAACGCAACCAUCAAGGAAGUUCCUCCCAACAGCAACAAGGUGGUGGUUUACAUAGAAGAACUGGGCAACAGACACGUCCCUCUGUUGAGUCUCCGUCCUGCCGGUGAGGAAGGCAGCUGGAGCACCGUGGUCAACAAGGACAAGAGGCUCAGCAACGGAUAUGGAGAGUGGGAGGAGAAAGGUAAAGGCAGAGGCAGGGGGAAGUCCGUCCCAUCAUCCUCCUCCUCCGUCUCCCAGGCUACGGCGCCGGGCCCCAGUGGGCGUGUGCUGAAGCAGCACUCGUGGCCCCCACAGGCCACCGCCGAGGAGCAGGGAGGGGCCAAAACCAGCAGGAAGUCUGUGAGCUCGGCGGAGUCGGCGUUGUUCGGCCUGACGGAGGAGCAGCGUUUGGCCAAAGAGGAGGAGGAGAGGAACGUGGCGUUGGUGGAGAUCCAGCUCAGAGACGAACACAGCUUCCCCGCCCUCGGGGCUCAGACUGGGACGCAGGGUGAUGGAGGGAAGAGGAAGGGAGGAGAGAAGAGAAGAUCCCAGAGAAACAAGACGAAGAGUCCAGUUGAAGACGUGCGAGCAGCGUCUCCCUCCGCCGGAGACAGACCCAAAUCCUCCACGCCUCCACCCACAGCCACUACUGCACCCACUACAGAUACUACUACACCCCCCACCCCCCCCCCGCCUGCUGCCCCGCCUGCUGCUGCUCCGUCUGCAAACUCUGACUCCGGCCCGGCGCGGUCGAGCUCGCUCAAGACUGCAGCGCCGGCCUCCACCUCCACCUCCACCCUUCCACCCGCCUCUGCUGCUCUGACAGCUAAAGCUAACGCACAGUCUUAUGCUUCAGCUGCUGGAGGUGCAACGACUUCUCCUCCUCCUCCUCCUGCUGCUGCUGCUGCUGCCGCCCCGAGCACUAAACCCUCUGUGACGGGUGCUGCUCCUCCUCCCUCCGUCCCCUCCUCCGCCACCAUCUUCUCCUUCAUCACCCCUGCUCUCCCCUCUGCAUCAUCGCCCCCAGCUCCACCCGCCCUCUCCUCUUCCUCUCCUCCCCCCACCUCCUCUUCUUCCUCACUUCCUCCUAAAUCCACUGCCUCCCCUCCGCCUCCCUCUUCAGUGCCACCUCCCACUUUCAUCGCUCCCAUCGCUCCCUCUCCUGUCGCUGCUCAGGGCUUCCUCCCUCCCUCCUCUCUCCACCGUUCCCCCCCGCCUGUCCACUCUCUCCCCCACUCCCCCAGUCCACCCACCUCCUCCUCCUCCUCCUCCUCUCUUGUCCAUCGUGCUGCUCAAGUCCAAGAUCCUCCAGCAGCUCCAGCACAAACUGCAAGUUCUUUGCCGAGUUCUGGAUCCUCUCUGACGACAUCUCAGGUCUCACUGACCCAGGACAUUCAGCCGCCGCCUCCUCCCCCGAGCGUCCAGACUCAGAGUGCGGCUCCUCUCCCCCAGGUGCAGACAGAGGCCCCGCCCUCUCUUCCUCACCUCCAGCAUCAGCCACAGACCCUCGCUGAAGUGGCUCUCCCUCCGCCGCAAAACCAGAUCCAGGUGUCCCUCCCUCAGACCCAGACUCAGGUCCAGUACCCCCCCCAGCCCCAGUCUGAGAUGGUUCAGUCCUCUCACCCACCUCCAGGAGCUUCCUACCCCCCCACCUGCCAGGCCUCCGUCCCCGUCUCUGCCCCCGCUCAACCCCAGCCAUCAGUCACCCACGCUCAGCCUCCUCCCCCCUCCCAACUCCCGCAUCCCUCCCUCUCUAUCUCCGCCCCCCCGACCCAUCCCUCUCUCCAAACCCAGACCCCCAACAUCCAGAAUCAAACAGAAGCCCCUCACCCUCCACCUCAGCCCGAGUCCCCGGCUCAUCCUCCUCACCCCCAGGUAGUCUCCGCACAUCCCCCUCCCCCGCCUCACCCCCAGUCCAUCCCAGGAGCUGUUCCUCUGCAGAAGCUGUCCCAGCUCUACCAGGACCCCCUGUACCCCGGUUUCCCCCAUGGAGAGAAGGGCGACGUGGUGCCGACUCCCCCGUUCUCCUCCAGCAAGUCGGGCGACGACCUGCCCCAAGAUGUCAACAUCCUGAGGUUUUUCUUCAACCUGGGAGUCAAGGCGUACUCCAUGCCCCUGUUCCCCCCCUACAUAUACCUCCUCCCCCUCCAACAGGCCCACACCAUGCAACACAGGAUCCCCUCCCGCUCCUCCUCCCCAACCCCCCACUUCCCUCCCUCCAACGCCCCCUCCAGCCACCAGGAGGCGUACCCCCAGUACCCUCCCACUUCGGCGUCGGUGCUGCAUCAGUACGACCACCAAGCCGCACCCGCUGAGCCCCCCCGUCCCAGUGAACCGUCCUUCAACCAGGCCAGGUACCCCGUCACCCAGCCUCCGCCCCACAGGAUGCCCUGCACCUCGCUGCCAUGGCAACAGCACCAGAUGCCCCCACCUAGAGGCUCCAACUACGCGUACCCCACUCCACCAUACCCAGUUCACCCUUCUUCGUCUCAGGGUUACCACCAGAGUCAAGGCCCAGGACACCCAAUGUACCCCCCGCCCAUGCCUCCAUACCCCCCAUCCUCGCUGGGAUACCAGUCCUCAUCCACCCCCGAAGAGCUCCAGGUGAGUCAGGGGCUGAUGGAGCAGCUUCAGCCCGUCAACGGAGACACGAUGCUUGGGCACGGGCCUGGACGAGUCCCCGGUUCUCUGGAGGGUCCGUCUGCUGCUAACAUGGCUAACGCUAACAACAACAGAACAAUGGUGGUUCCAAGCAGCUUCGCGAUGAAGAAGCCGCAGGGAGAGAGUUUGACUAAAGCCGUGCUGCUGGUGGAUCCACCACUCAACAACAGACCGAUAGUCGCUCUGGUCUCUGACGCCUCCGACGUCCCCGUCUCCAUGAUGACCAUGAAGCCCGGCAGCAGCCCCGGCUCUCCGUCACCUUACAUCUCCAAGACGACCGUCUCCGGCGACAACGGCACCUACCGGCUCCACCAGAAACCAUUCAACCCCAACAAGCACCUGUCGACCAUGCCCAUGGUGGAGGUGCUGUCGGUGGGCUGCGGCACGGAGGACGAGUGGGACGAGAUGGAGGGAUUCAAACCUCAAACCCACAACCUCAGAGGGCCGAGGAGGGGCUACAGAGGAAGAGGGAGGGGGGGGAACAGGAGGAGGCAGGGAGGAGAGGCGGGGCCGGGGUAUAACCACGGUCCGUAUGUGCCCUCACACAGGGGGCAGGGCUGGUAA